AUGAAGGCUACAGCCAUCAUUGAGUUGUCCUCGGGGCCCGUUGAGGCAUUGACUGUCGAUGGUCUGGUUCAUGCACGCGGGAUUCCCUACGCAAAAGCCCAACGAUUCGAACCCCCUCAGCCUCCCGAUGUCUGGAAUGAAACCCUUGAUUGCACAGAGCCCGCCUCAAUAUGCCCCCAGCUUCCAUCACGAUUGGAGUCGGUGAUGGGCCCCUUGACCAAGGGCCAUCGGUUAGAUGAGUCCUGCCUGCACCUCUCCAUCACUGCACCCAAAGAUGUCCACGAUGCUCCCGUCAUGGUCUGGUUACAUGGCGGGGCCUAUAUUUCCGGUGGGGGUGAUCUAGACUGUUACCAGCCCGUCGAUCUCGCCAAGAGAGGAAUUGUUUGCGUCAAUAUCACCUACCGACUCGGUGUGUUCGGGUAUCUCCGACUGGAAGGAAUUGCUCCUGCCAAUCUUGGACUCCUCGACCAGCGCGCUGCUCUUCAAUGGAUACAACACCACAUAUCAUGUUUUGGUGGAAACUCCCAGAAUGUGACUAUGGUCGGCCAGUCGGCAGGCGCUGAUUCAAUUAUCUGUCUGAUGGUUGCCGAAAAGACGACAGGCUUGUUCCAUCGCGCGAUUUUACUUAGUCCACCGCUAAGGGAGCUGGUUGAGCGAACACCUACAGGACACCUACUCUCCAGAAAGGCAGAGGAAAUUAUGACCAAAGACCCUAGAGGAAUGACUGUCGAUGAAUUGCUCACUUUGCAAAAGAACCUGUUGUUGGACCCGGUCCAGAACCAAGUUAUGCUAUUUGCUCCAAACCUUGGAUUUGAACCAUUGCCAGCAGAAGAAGAUUUUGAUAAGAAAGUCGCGAAAGCAGCCAAGAACAUCCCGAUCCUAAUCGGAUGGACUGCUCAUGAUGGUCGCCCUUUUGCUAGUAUGAUGGGACCAUCGAAUGUGCUCGGGCUCCCUGUCCUAGGUCCAUUUCUGGAGGCCCUGGGCACAUGGUACAUCACCCAAAGCUACUUCAAGUGGCCAUCACAAUGCUUUUCGCAGCAGGUAAUUGAUGCGGGAGGCUUAUCAACUACUUAUUCGUUUGGGUGGUCGGCCCAAGCAAGCUCGCUUGGGGCUUGCCACUGCAUUGACAUUCCAUUUGUGCUUGGAAAGUGGGAAACCUGGAAAUCAGCACCGAUGCUGAAUGGAAAAGAUACUCAACAAGAUCUGUAUCGAGUUGGGUCGCAUCUCAAGGAUAUAUGGUCAAGAUUCAUGAAUGGGGAAGUGCUGGAGAACAAACAUAUAGAUAUCGAGAAGGAAUCCAGUCCUAACCCAGCUAUUUUUAGUCGCUCACAGUAG